CACCUCUUGCCCGGACUGGGAUACUCCCGCGGCCCCGACGGCACCCUCACAUUCUCCCGCAGCGUGCUCUUCCGUCUGCUGCUGAAACUGGGCCGGUGCUCCAAACCCGCUGCCGGUCUCGUGGCGGAGGCUGGGAGGGAAGGCUUGCGGAAGGUGGCAUCGGUGUCGGCAUGGGCCGCUGUUCGCUGGAAUUUGCGGCGGGUGCUAUGCUCGGAGGCUGCAUCAUGGAGCGUGUCAACACAUGCUCGAAGGGUGGUGGUAGUAGUGGUGGUGGUGGUGGUGGUGGGUGAUGUGGUGUUGGGGAGAGACGUACGCUCGUCCACCGCAUCAUCCGGCAUCGCGUUCCUCUCCCGGUCGAGGAAUGACUGAGCCCGGACCCGAGGCUGGUACCGCGUUGCGAUGUCCAUGUCUCACUUUCACACACCCCUCUUCCACCACUCCGCCAGAUAUGCUAAUUGGUUACGGUGCUGAAUUGAGGAAAGAGCCACCCGGGGCAUAUUUCACCAUCUCCCCUCCAUCACGACCGGUCGUUAAUUCAAUGGCGAGGCCGCACUUCCCACACGUUCCUCCCUUGCCGUCACUGCUUUCUCGGCGGAGAUGUACCCUUCAAUGGGGGCAGGAACGAUGCCGAACGGUGGGCUGGGGACGGAUGUUGUGUGGGGAGAACGUUGGAAAAUCGUGGCGUUCGGUCACGGACACUCACACGUCUCGCUCUUGCCCUCCAGAUCCUCCCAGGGUCGUUCGUUGCAGUCUUGAUGUAGAGCACAGACCGGCAACAAGAGUGCCGCCGUGAGCACGUUCACCUCCUCGCCUCGUGCCCUCCCUUGCCCCUUCACUUUCGGAAGCCGGCAAGUUUCUCUCUCAGUCUUGUUGUCGCCGGACGGAACAGCGGGCCAGCGAUCAAUGUCUCACUCACACGCACACACACACACACACUGACAGAUGGGAGACGAGGAAGAAGGAGUAUUAUUGUUAUUGGGGA